AUGAAUGCACUAUUACUUCUUCUUUACUUAUUCUACUCUGUACAAACAGCUGUUUGUGUAGUCGAUAAGCGCCAGGACGGCCGACCUGCAGGUCUUCCUCCCGCUGUGCCAGAUAUUCCAUCAGCCUCGGCAUAUGUAUCUCUAGAAAAUGGAGUGUCAACAUUGUUCCAGUUCAAGCAAUAUUCAGAAAACUUCGAAUAUAGCUUACAGUUCGAUUCUCCAAAUGCAGAAGGCUCAUGUCUCUCGUGGGCUAUUGGAUUUCCUUCCAAUGACAACGGAACAAAUCUUUGUACUUUCUUAGAGAAUCCUAGCUGUAUGGCACUUAUAAAGAAAGAUAUGUGCAAGACAGGAAUUCGUGGAUUUGGAUUUUGUGGACAGGUGUUGGGUUCAGGAGGUAUCCUACUCGAUGGUUACGAUGACCAGCACCAGUUAACCAUUGAUUCCGGACGCGGCACAGGUCUUAAUAUUCUCUCCAAAGAUUCUCAUAAUGUUGUUGGAAAAUCGUUGAUGAUAAUCUACUCACCCAAGAACGGUGCUCCACAACAGGUAGCAUGUGGAAACAUUCAAAAAGAUAAAAGUGCACUUAUAAACCCUGACAUCCCCCAAAGUAGUGCUAGCAUCAAGAACAUCUUACAUAUUAGCAGCACUAUUCUUGUUGGAGUUGUGUUAUAUUUUAUAAGUAGUUAG